AAGUUUAGGAGCCCAACCUGUUGUCUGCCUGCCCGUUUCACCACUAGCUUCUCGCACGCCGGAUAACUCACACCGUGUCCCUCGCCCUUUUAGCCCGUUUCGGAUACCCUCAUCAACGCAAUGGCUGCACCCAUUGGAGAUCAGAGAGCUAUCACCAGCAAGUGUGCAUUGGGUUUGAUAAAAGCGCGCUUCCACAAUGCCGAUGCUACCGUCCCCUGGGCCCUCACAGUGGUGGCGUCCAAAUAUGACAGUGAACACGAGGCGCAGGUCAUUAGGUGGAUUAAAGAACUCUGCAGUGAUGCCUCAGCACAAGAGCUGAAGCCAGGCAUGAAGGAAGUGAAGGAGCAGCUCUCCGAUGGACACCUUCUAAUCCAAUUGAUUAACGCAGUGUUCAAGGGUACCCCAGCAGAAAACAUGCCUGGACCAGCAGCAAAAAAGAAACAAAUCAAGCUUAACAAGGGAAAAAUGGCUUUCGCCCAUAUGGAGAACAUCCAAAACUUCGUCGUCGGUUGCGAAGCCUACGGUGUACCCAAAACCUGUACCUUCCAGACAGUCGAUCUGUACGAGGGACGCAACAUGCCGCAGGUUCUCAACUGCAUUAUGGCUCUUGGAACCGAGGCUCAGCGAUGCGGGUUCAGGGGCAUGACAAUCGGACCUGGUCCUCUCAACAACAACCGUCGCCAAUUCACCCGUGAUCAGCUGCGGCAGGGACAUACGAUCAUUGGGCUCCAGUCCGGCACAAACAAACUGGCCUCACAGAAGGGUAUGACUAUUGGAGGAGUUAGGCACGUCGGUGAUAUUAGCUGUGGUCCUGGGUCAAAGGAAGGAGAAUCCGUGAUCAGUUUGCAGUCUGGUACGAAUCAGUUCGCGUCCCAGAAGGGCAUGACGAGCAUGGGAGCGGUACGGCACGCAGGAGAUACAAAACACGACGGUUUACAAUCAAAGGAGGGCGAAAACUACCUAUCGCUGCAGUCGGGGACGAAUCAGUUCGCGUCGCAGAAAGGCAUGUGUGCAAUGGGAGGGGUGAGGCACGUCUCCGAUAUCAGGUGCGACCAAUCGGUGAAAGAGGGACAUAAUGUUAUCGGGUUGCAGUCGGGCACGAAUAAGUUCGCUUCGCAGAAGGGUAUGUCUGGGUUCGGCUCCGUCAGACACGGAGGAGAUAUCGACUGUGGCAAAGCGUCAACCGACGGUGACAUGGUCAUUGGAUUACAAUACGGCACGAACAAACUCGCUUCCCAGGCUGGAAUGGCGCCCAUGGGUGGCGUCCGCCAUUGCGGUGAUAUCAAGAUUGAUGAUAUGUCAAACGAGGGCUCUGCGAUCAUUGGUCUGCAAUAUGGCACGAAUAAAUUAGCAUCUCAGAAAGGAAUGACCUUUGGCGGCGUGAGGCAUUGCGCGGAUCUCACUUGCGAUGAUAUGUCGGAGGAAGGCAAGGGAGUAAUCGGCCUACAGUGCGGAACAAAUAAAUUCGAUUCGCAGAAGGGAAUGAUUGGGUUCGGUUCUAUCCGCCACUGCGGUGAUAUCAGAACAGACGACAUGGCACUGGAAGGAAUGGGCGUGAUUGGUCUACAGGCCGGUUCCAACCAAGGCGCCAGCCAAUCAGGAAUGUCCUUUGGAGGAGUGCGUCACGCUGGUGACAUUCGGUGCGAUGAGAUCUCAGCAGAAGGUCAGGGAAUCAUUGGUCUACAGUCCGGCUCCAACAAGGGCGCUUCACAGAUGGGCAUGUCGUUUGGAGGCGUGCGUCAUGGCGGGGAUAUGAGAGUCGACCCCAUGUCGAAGGAUGGGCAAGGCAUUAUUGGUCUCCAGUCAGGCUCUAACAUGGGGGCAUCACAAUCUGGAAUGGUCAUGGGCGGUGUCCGACAUGGUGGCGACAUGAAAGUUGACCAAAUGACUACCGAAGGCCAAGGCAUUAUCGGUCUCCAAUCAGGCUCGAAUAGAGGCGCAUCCCAGGCGGGUCUUGUCAUGGGUGGAGUCCGUCAUGCAGGAGAUAUGAAAGUCGACCCCAUGUCCAUGGAGGGGCAAGGCGUUAUUGGUUUGCAAUCAGGCUCAAACACGGGGGCGUCACAAUCCGGAAUGGUCAUGGGCGGUGUCCGACAUGCUGGCGACAUGAAACUCGACCCCGGGUCAAUGGAAGGCCAAGGUGUCAUCGGAUUACAAUCGGGUUCCAACAGAGGUGCCACACAGUCUGGAAUGGUCAUGGGCGGAACGAGGCACGGCGCAGACGUCAGAGCAGACGAGUACUCGCAAGAGGGAGCUGGCAUCAUCGGCUCGCAAUACGGUUACAACAAGGGCGCCUCCCAAGCAGGCAUGAAUUUCAGCAACCAGAGGCACGUUGGAGACAUCAAGUCGGAUCCCUACGCCCAAGACAGCGCGGGAAUGAUACCACUGCAAAUGGGAACCAACCGAGGCGCUAACCAACAGGGAAUGCAUUUCGGCGCGCAAAGGCAAAUUGCGGAUGUUUCAGAUUUCUAAGGAACUAUGACUAACUGGACUGACAUUGAAGACACUUUUUUCUUCACCAUCAACAAAGAACAUUGUUUAUAUUUCUAUUAUUUCUAACGUACUGAUGGAUUCAAUCAACGCAAGUGAAAACCAGAGCAUCUGCAAACCUUUUCAUUUACGGAUACUGUUAAAUGGCGCCAUACUAUUAAUAUCAGGCCUAUAUUGUGCACUGUGACUUUGAUAUUCGUUUCCGACACCACGUUUGCAAGACAUCACCAGUGCUAGUAUUUAGUAAGCAGCAUUUUAUUUUCGAGUGUUCUUGUUGACAUUGUCAAGGACCAUGCGUUUCAAUUUAGAAAUUGUCACAUUUGAAAUCAGGCGUCGAAGGACAAUUGAUUGGAAGGACCUGGUUCGAUAUUGAAAUUCAAAAUCGGGCAAUCAGGAAUGUCGAUACAUAUCACUUGACAGUGAUAGGUUAUUUUAAAUAUUAGAUUUUGGAUUCGAACAUGACGAAGGGCGCUGAUUGGAUUUUCGAUCUGUCAGUCAGAGUCGACUUUUCGUCGGUUGACUGAUUCAAAAGAUACUUUCGUAAGCACUGGUAGAAAAACUUCGCAGAUUUUUCAUAUUUUGUAUUAGACAAUGAAAAUAUUGUUCAAGAGAUAAGAUUUAUGAGGUCUUGUCAAACUAGAAGUAUCGUUUUGACGUGCAUAACAGGACACACGAGGCGGAAUUUGUGGGCGAAGUGUCUGCAGUCAUCCAGAAGUAUCUGAACGGACUAUUAUUUGAUGAGUUCGCGCAUGUCAAAAACCUACUUCCGGUCUUGACACCAUACUCUGGUGGGAUGGGCUUGCAGGAACAUCAUCGAUAUUCAUUUUAUGUCAAACUCAAAUGAAACGAAAGGAAAUUAUAUUCCUUCCAAAGUAGAUGUAUUUUAACUUUUACAGCAUCCAUUUUAACAAUUCUGAUGACGUCUUAAGUCUGUGGUAUCUACGUCAUCAUAAUAUGACUACUGCAAGCCCAAUCUCACCUAAAUAUACAGAACUGUUGUGAUCAAUGUGUACAUAGGAUACGAAUUGGACAGUAGCGUGUCGAGGUAGAACAUUGUAGUACACGAAGAGAACACUAGGUUACGAGGAAUCACAUCUCGAGACUGUAGCACUUGCUGUAAGGAUGCAUGAACGCUGGAAAUAUGAACGUCUCGUCUCGAAUUGGCCUUUUCAAAGAUGAAAAAUAUCAAAACUGGAAGAGUGAAACCGAUGUAGAAGUUUGAAAGUCAGAUGAAUGAUUUCGCACUCCUGUUGGUUAAGAAAUUCUUCAAACUUGCAAAGGUUCAACUCAUGUUGUAGAUACGUGCUUUUGAUAAGAAUCUAAGGUUCUGUGAUGGUUAAAGGUUAAUAUAGGCUGCAUGAAGCUUCAAUUGUUAGACACUUCUGUUUACUUUAGUCAUUAAUAUAUUGUAUAUGGCGUAGGUAAAUAAUCUCAAGCAAUUUAUUAUUAGUCGCUGCUGGUGAAUGAACGACUUUUGUGGUGAAACUUUUGAGAUGGUCAAAAGCUCAUAGCGGACUACCGCCUUCCCUCAGCACCGAGACCUAAGAAUCUUUCAUUCACCAGGGCUUCACGCAAGUAUUGUCUAUAUGUUGGUAAAGAAUAUUGUUAAGAAUUCAACGCCGCUUCGGCCAGAGAGUCAGGGGAAGUGGAGAGGCACUGACUGUCCGUCGAAUAUACCCGAAUAUUUUAUAAAAUAAAUGCAUUUUGCCACUGGCAACUUUGUUCUGAUUGUA